UUUUUGUUUGUUUUGUUUUGGAUAAUAAAUACUUUUUUUUAAGAAAAAAAGAGAGUAGUGAAUAGGUUGAGUCGGUCACUCACGGUGCAUGGUCACUCUCUCUGCACGUUCUCUUGCCCUCUUCUCCUCUCUCUCUCUCUCUCAUUAUCUCUUCCUAUUAAAGACUCUAACCAGUCUAGUAGAGAGAGUGAGAAAGAGACAGAGUCAGAGUUUGUAAGAGAGCCUUCCAUCAACCAUCCUAACUAAACAAUGGACCUCUAUGGCUUAUCAUCACCAGACUUACUUCGAGUCGAUGACCUUCUUGAUUUCUCCAAUGAAGACAUCUUCUCCGCCUCUUCCUCCACUUCCACCGCCGCUACUUCCUCCUCCUCCUUCCCUCCUCCUCAGAACCCUAACUUCCACCACCACCACCCUUCUUCCGCUGAUCAUUCCUUCCUCCACGACAUAUGCGUUCCCAGUGACGACGCUGCUCACCUUGAGUGGCUCUCACAGUUCGUCGACGACUCCUUUGCUGACUUUCCGGCGAACCCAUUGGGAGGAACCAUGACUACCGUCAAAACUGAGACCUCGUUUCCCGGCAAACCAAGAAGCAAACGAUCGAGAGUUCCAGCUGCUUACGCUGGAACAUGGGCACCUAUGUCCGAAUCCGACCAGGAGGUUCAUGUCGCCGGGAAACUCAAGCCUAAGAAAGAACACUCCGGCGGCGGAGGAAGAAAUUAUCAGUCCACAACGGAGACGGCUGAAGGAGGGAUGAGGAGAUGCACACACUGUGCUUCGGAUAAGACACCACAAUGGAGGACCGGUCCACUCGGGCCUAAGACUCUUUGUAACGCAUGUGGAGUCCGGUUUAAAUCCGGUAGGCUUGUACCGGAAUACAGACCGGCUUCGAGUCCUACUUUCGUUUUGACUCAGCAUUCCAACUCUCACCGGAAGGUGAUGGAGCUUAGACGCCAGAAGGAGGUUAUGAGACAACCACAACAUGUCCAACUUCACCACCACCACCACCACAUUCCUCCGUUUUAGUCCGACGUCACUUCUUUUUUUUUUUUUGUUCUUCUUGGGGAUUGGGUUUGGGGGGUAUAGUCACGUGAUGAUGACGUUUUGCGAUCAUAGCGGCGUUUAUCACGUGACGGACGAGCAACGGGAGCGUAAAACUAGUUGUUAAAAAUCAAACUCUGCUAAACUCAACCCCAUUAAAUUGUUAAUUAUUACCAAUUUUAAACUUUAUUUUUACCUUUUCUUCUACGUUAUUUAUUUAA